AUGUUUAUCUUCAAGUUUUUCUUAAAGCUUAUUUUUGUGUUCUUUUUAAUUCUUCUUUCAACCAGUCUUAGCCACGAUGAAUUGAACAAAUUUGCCAUUUUAAUGCGUCGUUGGCGUUCUCGUGAAAUGCCAAUUGUCGAAUUUGCUCAAAAAUUGUUGGAAUUGUAUGGACCUGAAAGGAGGCAUUUAUUGGCUAAAAUGCGCACAUUACUUCGUGGUGAUCCAACAGAAAUUGAAGCACUCGGGAAUUUUUUACGUGCUAAUGGGGUUGUAGAAAAUAAUGAUGCUUCAACAACAGCUUCUCAAGCAACAAAAAUAAAUAGAACAACAAAAAUUGUUUUUUGUGAAGAAAAAAAUAUUUCUAAAAGGUGAGGAAAUUUUUUUUAUAAAAAAAUUUUUUUGGGGUUUUUAAAAACAAAAAAAUUUUGGAUGAGAUCUUUAAGAAAAAAAUUUUUUUUAAGACAGGGAGGGGUAGGUGGAAAGUUUUUUUCCCUAUUUUUAAAAAUAUCCGCCGAAUUUUAAUUUCAGAAAAUUUUAAAUUCAUGUAUUUUUCUGAAUUUUAGAAAAAAAAUUUUUUUUUCCAUUUAUCAACCCAUUUUCUAUAUUUCUAUUUUUUUAUUUCCUUCUUUAAAAAUAAAACAACCAAUUUUUAAUAUAAAAAUA